CUGGGGGCGGGGCGGGGCGGAGCAGGUGAUGCCGGGCUGCUGGGAUGCUUCCUCUCUGGAGACCAGAGGUUGGCUAACCCUUGCCCUCCUCCCAUCCUGGGACCCUCGUGCCUUAAAAUGUUUUACCCUUUUCUGAAUACCGUAGUGGCAUCUUUCUUACUUUGUCCGUAUCUCCGGACUCGAGAGCGUAUUUCCGGAGCCAUGUCAGAAGGAGUGGACUUGAUUGAUAUAUACGCUGAUGAAGAGUUCAACCAGGACUCGGAGUUCAACAAUACAGAUCAGAUUGACCUAUAUGAUGAUGUGUUGACUGCUGCCUCACAGCCCUCAGAUGACAGAAGCAGUAGCACUGAACCACCCCCUCCUGUUCGCCAGGAGCCAGCUCCCAAACCAAACAACAAGACCCCUGCAAUCCUAUAUACAUACAGUGGCCUGCGGAGUAGACGAGCAGCUGUCUAUGUAGGCAGCUUCUCCUGGUGGACCACAGACCAGCAGCUGAUCCAGGUUAUUCGCUCUAUAGGAGUCUAUGAUGUGGUGGAGUUGAAAUUUGCAGAGAACCGUGCAAAUGGCCAGUCUAAAGGGUAUGCUGAGGUGGUGGUAGCCUCUGAAAAUUCUGUCCACAAAUUGCUGGAACUCUUGCCAGGAAAAGUUCUUAAUGGAGAAAAAGUGGAUGUGAGGCCGGCUACCCGGCAGAACUUAUCACAGUUUGAGGCUCAGGCUCGGAAACGUGAGUGCGUCCGAGUCCCAAGAGGGGGAAUACCUCCACGGGCCCACUCCCGAGAUUCUAGCGAUUCUGCCGAUGGACGGGCAACCCCCUCUGAGAACCUUGUACCUUCAUCUGCUCGUGUGGAUAAGCCCCCAAGCGUGUUGCCCUACUUUAACCGUCCUCCUUCAGCCCUUCCCCUGAUGGGUCUACCCCCCCCCCCAAUUCCACCCCCACCACCCCUCUCAUCAAGCUUUGGUGUCCCUCCUCCUCCUCCUGGUAUACACUACCAGCAUCUCAUGCCUCCCCCUCCUCGAUUACCUCCUCAUCUGGCUGUACCUCCCCCUGGGGCCAUCCCACCAGCCCUUCACCUCAAUCCAGCCUUCUUCCCCCCACCAAAUGCUGCAGUGGGGCCUCCACCUGAUACUUACAUGAAGGCCUCUACACCCUAUAACCACCAUGGCAGCAGAGAUUCAGGCGCUCCGCUUUCUACGGUGAGUGAAGCUGAAUUUGAAGAGAUAAUGAAGCGAAACAGAGCAAUUUCCAGCAGUGCUAUUUCCAAAGCAGUGGCUGGAGCUAGUGCAGGGGAUUACAGUGAUGCCAUUGAGACACUACUCACAGCCAUUGCAGUUAUCAAACAGUCCCGAGUCGCCAAUGAUGAGCGUUGCCGUGUCCUCAUUUCCUCUCUUAAGGACUGUCUUCAUGGCAUAGAGGCCAAGUCAUACAGUGUGGGUGCCAGUGGAAGCUCUUCCAGGAAAAGACAUCGGUCCAGGGAGAGGUCACCCAGCCGGUCCCGGGAGAGCAGCAGGCGGCACCGAGACUUGCUUCAUAAUGAAGAUCGGCAUGAUGAUUAUUUCCAAGAGAGGAACCGGGAACAUGAGAGACACCGGGAUAGAGAGCGGGACCGGCACCACUGAAAAAGGAGUCUGGGUGGAAGCAAAUUGUUUUUAAUGGACUUGCAUCUCCUCACCUUGAUCAGGACAAAAGGACGGAGGCCGCUCCACCCCUUUCCCCUCUUCCAAAACCCUAACUUCCUCCAGGCAAUACCCUCUGCCCUACAGGAUUGACGAUGGCUUGGCAGCCCUCCCAAUCCCACACCUCCUGUUUGCCAGGGGAGAAGAACCUAAAGACUUGAUGGGGUAGGGAAUGAGGGCAGACAGGAAGACAGCAACAUAUCCAGCCCAUAGUCUCCAUAGAGAAUGGUGCUUCGUCCAAGGAAACCUGAGUUUCUGAUUCCCCAGGAGCAGUCAGUGGUGAGGUUACUGAGAGAAAACUUCCUUCCCAGAGGAAAUGGAUCCUCUGUGUGGGAUCUUAGGAGAGUGACUGGGUGUGCCAAAAAUGCCCAGGGUUCUGCCCUCAAUACUAGAUUGAUGGGGCCAAGAGGGUCCAAACCCUGCUAACAUACCACUUUGUUCAACUCCUUUACUUUCCCAGCCCUUUAAGGAGGGACUAUGAGCACAGAAACUACCUUGUGACAAGCUGCUGUUCGGUUUCUCCUCUCACAUAUUUACAGUUUAUUUCCCUUGCCUCCUAGAGGGCUGAAUCCUUUUGACUCCUUGCUAUCUGACUCCUUAGUGGACUUGCUCCUCCAAAGCAGAACCCAGGAAAUUACUUUCUGCUGGAAGCCUAGUCCAGCCAGUUACCACCAUUUGCUGCUUCAGGCUUGGUUGUCUGUUGCAAUAACCAGCUCUUAGGUAGUCCCUUUUCCUGAGGCUUUCCAUUUAAUAUGGACUCCUUCCCCAAGAAGGCUUCUUCCUUGUUUUAGAGGAAGGUAUUGCCUUUGGGACUUAGGGAUGUCAUGGGUCCCCAGUAAUGACUACCCGUAGUUAAUAAAACACCAGAAGUGUUGGGAAGAAAGCAAUUUAGCAGGAUGUGGCCCACUCACGUGGGCUUUUUUUCAGGUUUGAUGUAAGCAUAGGCUUGCAUCCCCUAGGUACAUACUUUGACUUACUAUGGGGUAACUCAUCACUAGUAGGCAGGUAAAGUCAUGAAUGUGUCGUGGUUUUUUUUUUUUGUUUGU